AUGAAAUUCACAACGACCCAGAUCACAUCUUUAUGCCUUCUAUUAGCAACGUCUGUGCAUGCAGCUGGCGAGCAAGAAGUUGCAUUCCUCACAGCUUUAGUAGGAGACUACCAGAGUCACAGAACUGAAUAUAUCAAAUAUUUUGCCACGGCAACUGGAAUUCCAGGUGCAUUAUCGACUUUGGCCACACAAGUCUUGACAUAUACGGAUGAUUCCUAUACGACAUUAUUGAACGGAAACAAUGCCGUUAAUGUCGGGGAAUUGGAGAGUUAUGCCACAAACAUCCCAUGGUACACGAGGAUAGAGGCCGCUGCAGGUGACAGCGGCAGUGGCUCAAACUCAGGGUCAGGAUCAGGAUCAGGGUCAGGGUCAGGGUCAGGGUCAGGGUCAGGAUCGGAUUCAAGUUCGGGCUCUAGCAGUGAUACAGAAGCAACCACAACCACAUCGAAUGGUGCAUCAAUCGAAGCUCCCACAUUGACCAGAUCCAGCACAAGCUAUUCCCCACCGCCAACAGGUGACGCUGCAACCACAGUAACAAGACAAGCUCCUGUAAGUACUGAUGGUGUAGCAAAUGUAAUAGCACCCAUUGGUGCUGCAGUGGGUGCAAUGGCAUUUGCAUUACUUUAA